ACCGCUCACAACACAUCAACACAGUCUUGAACGCUUGAUGAAGUGUUUUUCUUUCAGCUGUUCAGAAACGCUUCUCAGAGAAUACAUCCAAACCACCGACAUAGACGUGUCGAAGCGUCUAUCAGCAUGUCAUCAUAUAGUUGUUCAUUGAGCAUCAAAGUUUUCUAAACUCUGAAGGCCGUGAGACACGUGAGGAAGACGGUCCACGAGGUUAUGACCUUUUCGCACCCCCACGAUGGGAGCAAAGCUGUCUGUGGAAGAUGAGCUGGCGCAAACGCCGGAGGUGCUGUCAACAAUCAGUGAUGAAAUUUUGCAGACAGAUCUUCCUCUGUGUGCAGCACAAAUUGGCACUGAACUCCAGAAGCAGUUUGCCACCCUACCAGGGGGCCGCGGGACUGAUGGCAGCCCCAUCGUCAUCUUCCCAGAAUUCCCAACUUUCUGCGAACUGGAAGAGGAUGAGAUCAAAAAUGUGCUUUACUACCUCACAACAGUGCCCAGCAUUGCCACAUCAGGAGUAGGAUUCAUUCUAGUCAUCGACAGGCGACUGGACCGAUGGGCCGCUGUAAGGUCUACCCUGCAUCGAAUCGCAGGCGCCUUCCCAGCGACUGUCAACUUGGUUCUGGUGUUGCGUCCCACCACUUUGCUGCAGCGGGCACUGUCAGACUUCCUCUUCAAGUUCAACAAGGAUGAGUUCAAAAUGAAGGUGGUCAUGCUGAGUUCGGUGACCGAGCUCCAUGCCUACAUCGACCCCGGACAACUAACAACGGAAUUGGGGGGCACACAAGAAUACUGCCAUGAAAGCUGGAUUUCCCACCGCACUGCAAUUGAAGCGUUUGCUCUGAUGGUGAAGACGACGGCUCACACUCUGCAGGCCUUUGGCACCGAGCUUGCAGAAACAGAAAUGCCCAAUGAUGCUGAGGCCACCACCAGCCUGCUGGACUUGCAUUCUCAAAAAAAAGACAAAAUGAAGGAGGACCUACAGGUGUCGCAAUCUCAGGGCGCGCGUCUAUUGGAGUGCAUCAACGAGCCUUUUCGGACUGACGCGGAAUACCUAAUGACCCAUGAUGAGCUGGAAAACCUCGCCACUGUGCAGCGACUCCUGGGUCAGCUGGACGAGACCGAGACAGCAUUUGACGAUUUCUGGGAACGCCAUCGCUCCAAGCUGGAACAGUGUUUGCAACUUCGAAGUUUUGAGCAGCACUUCCGUGAAGUGCGCUGCCAACUUGAUGCCACGUCGGAACGGUUGUGCGGUUUCUCAGAGGUCAGCGUAAAUCCUGUCCAUGCCGAGCACGUCCUCCGUGAGCUCAGCAGUCAUGAGGAAAAGGCCUGUGACGUUUUGGACUACGCCCUGUCACUUGCGAGCGAAGGCGACGGACUGAUGGAGAACGCUCAUUAUGCGGAGGACUCCAUUCGGCCGAAGUGCUGUGAGCUGAGGGCAGUGUGUGAGGAGAUCAGUUCAACUCUGAGGGACAAAAAGAGCUUUCUUCUAACAGCGAUGGAGCUCCACCAUGCCCUGGAGAAGGCCACCCGUUGGUGCGAAGAGGGGAUUUAUCUGCUGGCGAGCCAGCCAGUGGAUCGAUGUCAGUCUCAAGAUGGGGCUGAGGCUGCUCUCCAAGAAUUGGAACGAUACCUGGAAACCGCGCCGCUUCACACCCUCAUUGACUGCAGCGCCAUCUGCUGCCAAUAUAAAGCGGUGCUCACUACUCAACUCAGGGACCAGGUAGAGAGAGUUUUCCAGAAGCAAAGCUCUGUCCAGGAGAUGUUUGAGAAGAGACGCGUCAGCCUGAAAAAACUUGCCGCUAAACAGACACGACCAGUUCAGCCAGUGGCUCCAAGACCUGAAGUCAAGUCUCCACAGGCAUCUCCCAAUCAACAGAGAAAAGAGAGGAGAUACUCGGCAGAUAAUGCCCUUUGCAGAAAGGUUGAGUCUCCCGUAUCCAACGGUGGCACCAGACACGCCUCCCUGUCCGAGGAAGACGAAAACCUGGCUGUGCUGCGACGUCACGUGAUGAAUGAACUGCUGGAGACCGAGAGAGCAUACGUGGAGGAGCUUCUGUGCGUUUUAGAGGGCUAUGCGGCAGAGAUGGACAACCCCUCCAUGGCUCACCUCAUUCCCAGUAUGCUGCUGAAUAAGAAGGAUAUCCUGUUUGGGAACAUGUCAGAAAUCUAUGAGUUUCACAAGAGGACAUUUCUGAAGGAUCUAGAGGCUUACACGAACUGCCCCGAACUUGUGGGCCGCUGCUUCUUAGAAAGAAUGAAGGACCUCCAGAUCUACGAGGCUUACUGCCAAAAUAAACCUCGCUCUGAGAGUUUAUGGCGGCAGUGCUCGGAUUGCGCCUUCUUCCAGGAGUGUCAGAAGAAGUUGGAUCAUAAACUUGGAUUGGACUCCUACCUCCUUAAACCCGUCCAGAGAAUCACCAAGUACCAGCUGCUGCUGAAGGAGUUGUUAAAGUACAGUAAAGGUUGUGAUGGCUGUGACGACCUCCAGGAAGCUCUCACCUCCAUUUUGGGCAUCCUGAAAGCUGUUAACGACUCCAUGCACCUUAUUGCCAUCACAGGAUAUGAGGGUAACCUCUCAGAGCUGGGUCGUUUGUUGAUGCAAGGCUCCUUUAGCGUGUGGACAGAGCACAAGAAAGGACAUGCCAAGGUCAAGGACCUGGCCAGGUUUAAGCCCAUGCAGAGGCAUCUGUUCUUGCACGAGAAGGCCCUGCUCUUUUGCAAGAAGAGGGAGGAGAAUGGCGAGGGAUAUGAAAAAGCUCCAUCUUACAGCUUCAAACACUCUCUCAAUAUGAGUGCAGUGGGAAUUACAGAGAGCGCUAAAGGAGACAACAAGAAGUUUGAGGUUUGGUGUAAUUCACGAGAGGAAGUUUUUAUUGUCCAGGCUCCAACGCCUGAGAUCAAAACAUUGUGGGUGAAUGAGAUCCGCAAAGUUCUCACCCAACAGCUGAAAGCCUGCAGAGAUGCCAGCCAGCAGAAGAGCUGCGACUCCCCAAACCACACCACCAACUCCUCUGUCUCGCUCAGCCCCUUUCGGAGCAACAGUCAAAAGAGCCAAAAAAAGCAGGAGGAAAAGAAGGCGGAGGCGAUCGCUGUGUCCGACAACUCUUUGCCGGCCAAACACAAAGAUGAGACGGUGACAAUUCCAACCGCGGACAGGUCGUCACUGACUAAAAAGCGUUUUACUUUGCAGGGCUUCAGCACGCUCAAGAGUCCAAAAGGCUCGGGCAUGAGCCCAGAGCACAGUGCCAAGCGCCACUUGGUCAAGAGCGACCCGACUCCAUUUGGGUUCAAAGGCUUGACCAAAGUGUCGCUCUCAGUGGAUGCCUCUGAGGAGAAUGAUGGCUACUCCAGUGGCGAGGAGCCAUUGAACUCUGACACUGAGUAUGAUGCAGUACAGAAGCUGAUUCCAGGGAGAUACACAGUGGUAGCAGACUCCGAGAAUGCGGGACCUCAGGAGCUGCCAGUCAAGAGCGGAGAUGUGGUGCAGCUCAUCAGAGAGGGAGAGGAGGGCCAGUGGUUUGUGAGGAACCUUCGCAGCAGCAAGGAGGGCUGGAUGGCACAUGCAAACCUACUUGGCUUAAUCGCUGAGUCCAAGUCAUCUCAGUCACUCAGCAGCUCAGAUGACAGUGUCUCUGGAAACCUUAGCACUUCCUCCAGCUGCAGUGAAACCUACACCAGCUUCUCAGACAUCAAACCCUGACCUAUCCACCAGCACCACAGAAAACCAAGUGUUGCGACAUCAGCCAUCGUCACCAGUGUUUCAGCUGAGUGUUACGUGCUACUGACAGUCUCUAUGUGUUCGCCUAUGUAGCAUUAAUGUGGACACGUCUCAAGAAUGUCUGCAUGAGAGUUUUUUUUUGGGGUGUACCACUGGCAGUGAGUCACAGCGAACACAGUUCAGAAGUGGCAUUUAGUGUCCCGUGUUGAUCAACAUUGUGACCACUGGCAACGAGCUGCUACCAGCAUAUGCUGCCCUGCAGCUCAAGGGCAUAAAGAGUCCUCAAAACGUAAAUCCGAAUCGGCUUCUCUGAGAUUUGCAGCUGUUGCCAUGAAUAUUGAAUGCCACACUGCUGGACUCAUCAGCACCACCUGGUGGUCAGACCCCUCUUUACCUUCCACCCAGUAAUCCGAGAGGAUGCGGACCUUGUUCCUUUGAGAGCGCUCCCCGGGCUCGCCUCCCAGCUGCUCCGGAUUAACCUCUGAGGCAACACGGGGCCGGCAGGUGUGACUACAUUCCAGCUCCACUUGGAUUUAAAUCUUUAGUGUGCACAUUCCUGCACAUCUACACGCAAAUAUGUUUUUCUGAACAAAUUGUACAUGCUUGCGUCACAGACCCAAAACACCAUGUUGAAAUGCAUAGUACACUCAAGAAAUUGUUUCAGAUUUUGCUUAUCUAUUUCCGGUUUGCCCUUACAAACAGGCAAUACAUAAAAACAGGCUUUGUCCCAUUGUGCUGCUCCCAGCCCAACUAUGGCAUGUGACGGUAGUCACUUCUCUCCAAGCAACUAGACCAAGACCAGCUCAGCUUGUUUGUUCCAUCUGCCUCCCAACCAUCUACUUUCUUGACUAUACAGUCCUGGCAUAUGCUAGCUGACGGACAGGUGCCAACAAAAUAUUAAUUUAUGUUUGAGAGUCACAUCAAGAACGGCACUAACAUGGGUCCGAAGAAGCUGGUUAUGAUGCACCUCACCUUUCGGCAAGCGCCGUGAGAAACAUAAGGAACCUUUGCUACCAUCGACAAUGAUUCAUGCCUCUUACCUUGUUUUAUAAGGUCAACCAUUUUUUACAACCCUCUAUUUUUACUGUCCUCACAUGGUUGUUGACCAUUCAUGUUAUGUGACGUGCCUAAAUCCAUUGCAGCUCACCAAUGUAGUAAAAUUAGCACCGCCUGUUCAUUUCUUGGAACCAGGUUUAUUUUCUUGUGACAAUUCAAUGUGACAUUUAUCAGCGCUCUGAAUAAUCCUUGCUGUUUUUGUUGAAAAACAUAUGAAGCUAUUUUUUUUCCUCAGUCCAACGUAAUUGUCCAGCACAGAAUGCAUGUUGUCCCUGUGGAAAUGCACAGCAAAUCUCAAACUGUGUCUGUGACUGUGUUUUGCUCAUUCUAAUAGAGAAAUGUCAGUCUUGUACUGUAUUCUGUCAAAUACCUCACCUAAUUCUCUACAGCUUGCUAGUCAUGAAGAGAAUAUUUUUUGUUAGUCUCUCCCCCAGAAAACAUUUUAGCAGUCAUUGUUGUGUAUUUGGAGUGUUUAUUUUCUGCCCUCAUAUGAAAGCUGACGCAGGCACACGUCAUUAGUGUUUGAUCACGGUCACACAAUUAUUUGUACUGUCAACACGCAGGCUGGAGAGAGAUUUUGUUUAUAUUUUGUACUUUCUUUUUACACUGCACAUUACAGCAACCACAGUCUUUAUUUUCGUACUGUAUAUCUACUGAUUAUGGUAUUGAUAUGAAGCUAUUAUAUCUGUAUAUUUGUAAAUAUGUAAGUCUGUAUUGUAUGUAAAAUCAAAAGCAGCUUUAAUAAACUCAGAUGGUUUCCUUUA